AUGCCCAUCGCACCAAUCACUGGAAUCCUUCGCAAGCGCUUCUGGCUCGACAUGGGCUGCUCACUCGGUCUUGCAGUCACUGGUGCUUAUGCCUUCUGGUAUGGCAUCCACUUGAAGUCCUUGGAACGCCAGGAGGCCUACUACCUCAAGCUUGAGCGCGAACGUCUGCAGAACCAAGCCUAA